AUGCCCGCUCGCUGGCCUCGGGCCCCCCGAGGCACUAAUCCGUCGCUGGCCAGGUCAGCAAUCAAGCAUGGCUGCUUGCGCUUCAACAAGGUUGGUACUCUCCUGUCGGAGGAUCUGCGGCUCAGGGCUGACGCCAUCAACAUUGACCAGAAUCUGUGGCCGCCGCUGGUGGUGGCGAUGGUUGUGGUGGCGGAAGGUGCGGCGGCAAGGGACGACACCACCCACCCCCUUCGGAUCUCCUCUGGGUCCUUUCUCCCCAGGCCACAAGGACAGCUUCGUGCUUGGCGAACCAGCCUUCAUGGCCAGGGCGAGCCCGUGGCCCAUGAUACAGAAGUGACCAUGGGUCACGGGCAGGCCCGCCCUGGCAACAUCCAAGGCCCGCACCGGGCCUGUGAUGCUCUUCACGCCAUGUCUCAGCUCGCCUCCCAGCCCAAGCCCGGCCCCAGAACGCCUCGAGGACCUUCGCCGGACCAGACAGGACCGCAGACGCGCGGGAUGCUGACGAACUUGCAGAGAGCCUGCCAGCUGCCUACUCGGCUAGCCACUUGGUGUCAGGGACGCUGCGUGUUCUCCUGGCUAGAGAGGCCAUCUCGGCCAGCCUGGAAGACAGGCAGUGCAGGAAGGCAGGCAGUGCAAGAACUCGUUGAGGCGGGCGGCCAGGGUGGUCACCUGAUGCCAGGGCACGAGGCCGGGCGUAACAAGGCUGACGAUGCGUUGAGGCAGGACCCUACCAUGACAGGACGAUGUGCCCUGACAUGGGCCGAUAUGUUCCAGCGCGCCGAGGACUGGCUAGACGACCAUCUCUCUAUCUUCUUGCGUGCAGAGCUGCAGGGCAGUCGACUGCUGGGAGCGGCGGCCGCGGCCCCCCAGGACCAGCGCUCGGGGCCUGCUUGGCCUCCUCACCCUGAUUUUUCAAAAUGGUCCUCAUAG